UCGUCGCGAGAGCAUCGUCGAACGGCGCGAGCCUUGUCGCUCUUUUUUUCCCCUUCGCGGCAGUCUUUGUAUCUUCCGCACACAUACAUACAUUUAUAUACAUUUAUAUAUAUCUAUCUUGGUAACCUACUGACAAUAGAAGACCAGAGGAGAAGAUAAAGAAUCACAAGGGCCGAGUGAUAGGACAUUAUAGACGAAAGAUAAUUCAAGUUAAAAUUAUCAGAGACAACAUAUAUAUAAAUUGAGCAUUUGUGCGAUUGAGCCAAUCAGCGAUUAUCGAAGGGCAGCUAAGGCAAGUGCCGCCUAAGUGAAGGGGCAGGGGACGUGCCAACGAGCGAGUGAGCCAAAGAGAGGGACAGUAACUGCGUAAAGGACAAGGACAGAGGAGAGGGGGCAGCAGUUACUGCACGAUAUACAACACCCCCCGAUGACGAACUCCGCAAGAGGGGAUACAAGUUGGUGUAUUAGAGAAACGUGUGUGCGUUAGUAUAGGCCUCACACACCCGACAGUUUCAAAUCAGUUCAGGUCGAGCAGUUACGGAGUGAACACUGACCCGACCGGUCACUGCUUAAAUCGCUCCAUCCUCGAGUUUAAAUAAAUCUUAAGUGCUUUCGCUUACUGAGUUUUACUUCAACACUAUUGUGUCUAAUAUUUUCACCGGUUAUUUUUCAACACCAUCGCGUUGCAUUAUCGUGUCAACUUACAAAAAUAUAUAUAUAUUUAUAAUAUCAAAAGACGUGUUGCAGUCGCGCUCUUUAAAACGGUCAUCGUAAAAAUUAUUUCGCGACGCAUUCCACGGUCUACGAACCUGGAUUAGAUUGUGUGCUGUGUGUGCGCGUGUAUAUUUUUUACUUAACUACACACUGGUGCCAAAGACAAGCCGAGUAGCAGUCGGGUGCUUUAGAUGCUGAUGCGACUGUUGUAUAAGAGAGCUUUAGUAGUACGACGAACAGUGAGUAAAGAGAAAUAGAACACGCGGGUGAGAGGAAACGAUAAUCUUAUCGUAUAUGUGGUGUGUGUAGUGAGACGACGAUACUCGUCUGGUUUAUAUGAAACAAAAUAUUAUAAUUAUUUUAUUUUUCUUAGCAUCAGUGUACGAUAUCUUGGAUCCUCGCGAGUGUUACCUUCUCUAAAACUGGUGAUUUUUUUUGUUCAUAAUUAAAAGUGGUAUUUUUUAAGUGAAAAACAGACAACAAGUGCCGGUCGUUACUAAACCUGGUGAUUUUGUUUGUAUUUUUUAGUUGCUGGUACCGUUGGUGCACCUCGUGGUACAGCAAUAAUAUUGUUCCCGCGCUGACUUUCGAUUGGCUGUUGUAAGGGGACGCGCGGAAGAGGAAUCGGGAGUGCCGUUUUACGGGAGACUUUCCUCUCUUACUCCCCUAUAUACAAACCGCCUGGUGUCUGCUGUGGUGGGAGUUGUGUUCAUUCAUAAAAAACUCUUUAUUACUGUGAGCGCAUGUGCUAUUCUACUACGUGGAAAUAUUCUCUCAUCCCCCAGUUAUUCACUAUACUCUCUCUGUUACUUAAACUUGUGCGAUUAUCAAGUACAUCGUUGGUACUCGCGAGUAUUUAACAUUUGUAGUGAGAGUUGUCGACACUUGUGUUUAUCGGGUCUACCGCUACUGUUUAUUUUUUAAUUUUAUGAGUAAUUAUUGAAUUAAUUAUUGGUUGAUAAUUGUUCAGGACAAUGAAGAUGAAAAGCGACAGUGGAAAACCCGGCAAGCGGCCCUUGAGAGCCCUGACGAAUGAUGAAAAAGUCCUCGCUAUUCAACGAGUCCAUGACGGCGAGAGCAAAGCAUCUGUCGCCCGCGAUAUCGGAGUACCUGAGUCCACACUCCGUGGGUGGUGCAAAUCCGAGGAAAAAAUCCGUAGUCUAGCUCGUAACUCAUCGCCAUCUGACAAUGAGCGAAACUCGCCGCUGUCAGUGACCAGCAACCCAGCACCAGUUGCUCCAGUAAGCAGUUACUACAGUGAAGACAAUGGCCCAGCUGCCAAAAAACUUAAAACUGACCAUCAGUCAGCCAGAAUAUCGAGCUCUUCGUAUGGAAUAAAUGAAAAUCUUGAAAACAACGCGACAAGAAUGUCAAAUUUGACACAAACUGAGGCCGCGCAACUAGCAGCAGUCAUGGCUCGGUUGAAAGAAGAUCCCGCGAUGCUUUUGCAACUCCAAGGGAUGAGUUCGCCGUAUGUUUUAUCCCAUUAUGCCAACACCGUUUAUGAGUAUUCACUGCGGGAAGCUGCCAGACUAAAAAAUAACAACAACAAUAAUAAUAUUUCCGCAAGUCUUGUUGCAAAUGGUUUACAGUAUUCUCUUGGUAGUAAAAAUAAGAACAUCAGUGGAGUUGCUAAACCAAACGGUACUCAUGCCUUGAAUUAUGGACGCAGAAGUUUGCCAUUAUCUCUCGACGAUCCAACGACUUUGGCUCCAGUGUCACCGAGAAAAUCACCGGAACUGGGUCGCGAAUCGAAAAACAAAAUCAGAAAUCCUGCGCCCAAUAAUCAGGCCAGAAAUUACUCCAGCAAUUUCAAUAACAACAAUUUGAAUGCCAUCAACAACAACAGCAAUACCUUUAAUACUAACAACAAUAACAUCAUUACCGCCAACAACAACAACACUAUCCUCAACAACAACAGCAAUAGUUAUGGAUUGAAUGAUCAGAUAUUGAGGUACAAAAUUGCACAGCAGCAGCAACAGGCUUUGGAGAUCACACCAACUGCUGAAGCAAACUCGAAGAAUAUGAACCAACAGUUGCCGUUUUACGGUUGGUACCAGUCCAGCAUAAAUGAAAUGCAGCCUGCAGUGACGUCUGCACCAACGCCUGCUGAAGAUUCUACUCCAAUAACGACACCAACUUCGACGCUGGCCAAAAAGCCACUCAACAGCAAGAAUCGGGCAACUCUUGAUCAAAUAUUUUUCAACAACAGUGUAAAUGUUAUGUCAAGUAUCAAUGCCACAGCUGGUGGUGCUAAUGAGGACGCUGGCCACGAAUCCGCUCGCGACAGCGAUAAAGAAGACGACGAUGAAGAAAACAAACCCGAACCUGUUGGUAAGGCAGAAGCUAUUGAACACGCUAAGAAAUUUUUGUCGUAUCUUACGAAAAAUAUGAAUCCUAAUGUGACCUUGGUACAGAUUUUGCAAUUCCAAAAAUUACUUGUACAAGUCGAGAAUGCUGGCUCUAAAUUAACUCGAAAACAAGUCAGAAAAAACUCGACUGUUGUUAGACAUUCAUCCGCGGGAUUAGCAUUGUCAAUCAAUAGCGAAUAGAGUCACCGCAUUAUAACUUUAUUUUUUUUUUUUUUAUUUUGUAAAAUAUAUUUGGUAAAUUUAGUUUUUUUUUUUUUUUCGUGUGACUUUAAUCGUUUAUUCGAGCAUGUAAAUAUUUAAUCGGUAAUAAUUAAUUAAAUAAUUAAUUAAUAUAGCAAUCCAAUGAUAAAUUGUCAUUAGUAUUAAAAAUGUAAAUAUUUUAUUAUUUUUCAUUAUUUAUUUUGAAUUAUUUGUGCAAAUAUUUUCUUUGAUUAUCAUAUAUAAUUAAUAAGUAUGUAAAUAAUUAUUUACAUUUAUUUUAUUUUAUUAUUUGAUCUAUUAUUAUUAUUAUUAUUAUUAUUAUUAUUAUUAUUAUUAUUAUUAUUAUUGAUUGCUAGGAUUUAUAAUAUCAUGUCAAUGAUAUAGUUUUUUUUUACCUCAUUUAAAAUGUAAAUAGAAUCAUACCAAAUUAACUGUACAAUCAUAAGUAAUUUUAAAUGAAAAAAAUUUAGCGGUUAAUUGAAUAGUUAAUUUAUGUAAAUAAUAGUGAUAACAAAGAUUUAAAAAAAGAACGAGAAAAAAAUAUAAUGAUUUUAAAAGUUUUAUAAAUUUAUAUAAAUCUAAAUUAAAAUAGUAAUUUAUCGAUUAUUAUUUAUAUUUUAUUUUCUCAUUCUUUUUCAAGUUUAUCAAUCGCGACGGUUGUCUGUAAAGGUUGUUUUAAUUUUCAUUACUUUUCGAUUAUUAUUUUAUUAGUUUAAUUAAGGGAUUAAUACUCUGAUCUAGUAUCCGAUCGGGAAACUGGCUUCGAUCUCUCACGUUUACUUAAUUUUAGUAAAUAGAUAUGCACCUGCAUGGAGGAGACGGACACUGGUUUCCUGAUCUGGUGCAAGUUAUUGUACUUUGCAAAAAAAAAUUUAUAAAAUUUAAAAAAAAUUAAAAAAUUAAGAAAAAAAUUUAAAAAUUAAAAAAAAAAUUUAAAAAUUAAAAAAAAAAUUGGUCCAAAGCAUCAUAUCAAUAGUAUUUAAAUGAUCGUCGUGAUACUGAUCUCGAUUUCUCGUUUGAUUAAAGUAACAUGGCUGUAUAGUAGUAAAUACAUGAGAUGCGACUAGUUUAAACACUCACAUACGUCAAGCACACGAUUAAAUAUUCAGGUGUUACGUAUACCUGAUCAGGGAACUUGCUGGUCUCACAGGUGGUUAAGAUCACGUUUACUAAAUUUUAAUAAAUAAAUAUGCAACUGCUCUGGGGGAUCGGACACUAGUUUUUUGGUCGGGUCGGGGGUGUUUACUUUACAAAAAAAAUAUAUAAAAUUACUCUAUAAACAUGAAUUAGUAAAUAUUCAUUGACUUCACUGACUCAUGUUCAGAGAGUAAAAAAAUAUUUUUUUGAACCAAAAUUAUGAAUUAAAAAAAAAAAAUUUGCUCCAAAGCAUCAUAUCAAUAGUAUUUGAAUAACCGUCGUGA